UCCCAUAUCAAUUUCUUUGAACAAUCAGAAUUUUGUUCUGUUUACUAGGUGCGUGACGUAGUGUAAUCCUUGUUAUAUUUUUGAAACUGAACCGUGUUUAAGUUAGAGAUAUAUUUUAAGUGAGCACUAUUCAUUGAAAUCAAAUUAUCAUGGCUUUAACUAGCCUGAUGUAACUAAGGAAUGGCAUCUGAUGAUGAAUCUGAUACCGACAUGUCAAAUUUAGGUCCUAACGUUUUCACUGCCCAGUGCAUUAAGAAAAAGCGCAUACGGAAGGGCAAAGUGGAAUAUUUGAUAAAAUGGAGGGGUUGGAGCCAAAAGCACAAUACAUGGGAACCGAAGGAAAAUAUAAUCGAUUCUCAACUUAUUGAUGCAUUUAAUGCAAGAGAAAAGAAUUCAGUGGGGCCACAGAAAAGAGGUCGUAAGCCGAAGCAUCUAACGCAGAUACGAAACGCCGCUGUCGUCUCUCCCCAAGCAGAUGGUGACAUCAAGCAGGAAGAAAAGGGGGAAGCGGAGGAGUCUGGUCGACCCUCCUCCCCCGAAGAGUCCUCUCCUACUCCGCAGCCCGCAAACGAUAGUGAUUUCAAAGAGGAGGAGGCGGAUGAAUCUCAAGACAUUCCCGAAGAAGAGGAGGCGAAGGUGGAUGCCGAUAAACUCCCCCCGUUGACGGGCCUCAAGCGAAAACGCGAUGAAUCGGUGGAGGGGAGCAGUGAGGAGGAAAAAGCUGAUGUGGAUGGUAAUGACGGCAGUUCUAGUCCCACACCGACGGCCGAAGUUGAAACAAACGACAAAACAAUUGCCAAUCCAGUUUGCGAGCCAUCGAAGCGCGACGAUUCUUCUGCCCAAGGUCACCCUCCGACGCCCCAGGGCAAAGGCCCCAGGAUGGUUGCCAAGAGCCCCAAAUUUCUUACGCCCGACGAACUCAAUCAGGCGAAAGCGUCGAAGAAGUUGACGGAGAAUACGAACAAAAAAUCGAACGUCGGAAGAACGCCCGGGAAAAGUUCUUCCUCGUCGACAGUGGGCAAAAUUAGCCAGUCCCCUAAAACUAUUGGCAGUGUGACGGGCCGACGAACUAUUUUGACAAACAGUGAUAACACAGACAGCUGUGAAGAACAGAACGUUGUAGUGGAGAAGGCGGAAUCACCCGCUAACCACUCUGAUCAAGAGAACAAUAAUGAAUUGGCAAAACCAGAUGUUCCACCCAACGGUCUCCCCCCUCCCUCAUCCCCACGAAUUGCCCCCUCAAGUCUCUUGCAGCCGAAACACGACAACUGCAACCGCGUGUUCUUCGACAACAAGCCGCCCAGCUGCGCGGAACCUCGUCAUCACAUUCGCGCCGUAGCGCCCCCGGAAAUCUGGUUAAAGCCUAAUUCCGUAGUGGACAAUAUUUUCAUUACAGAUGUCACAUCGAAUCAAAUUACGGUGACUGUACGAGAAUGUUCAACAAGCAGCGGAUUUUUCCGGGAGCGGAACGGUAUUGAACAAUCUCCUGUAAAAAUCAGCGAGUCACAGAAAAUGGAAGUUAAUUGAAUGAAUAAAUACAUUUUUAUUAAAAAAAAAAAAAUUUUUUUUCGGAUAGGUUAUUAAAAAAUUAAAGUGAAACCUAAGUUCGGAAUUUUAAGCCAAAGGCUUAAAAUAAAAAGUACUCUUUAACGUAAUGAAUCCUUUUCUUUUUUUUAAUUUAUUAAUUUUUCCAAAUUUAAAGUAAAUGAGAAGAAAAAAAAUUAAGUUUAUUUGGAUAACAAUUAUGCAUACGAAAUUAAAUAUGUAUGCAACCUUUAAUGUAUCUUUAUUCGAUUUGCUAACUAAAAAAUUUUAGAAUUCUACUUAUAAAUGUACAAUAAAAUUGUACUAGGAGAAAUUUUUUAUUUUUAAUCAUCAAUUCCAUUAAAAUUUUAACCAUGUUACCAUGGUUAUUAUUAUAAAUGACAGUUAAUAUCGAUUUUGAAAAUGUGCAAAUAGAUUCUUCUACAAGGCAGAAUUUUUAUUCUAAAAUUCUAACCUAAAAUUUUAAUUAUUUUCACCAAGAUUAAAACUGAUUUAUUUAUAAUGAUUUAUGCUUAUAUUAUAAUAAUUAAAGUUUCAUAUUUUAUGAAAAUGUUUGCAAUAAUAGUUGUCAUCCACAAUUUUUAACUUAACAUUUAGAAGCAAUAUUGUAGCUGUUUUUUUUAAAUGCGUCAUAUUCAAAAUUAUGUUUAAGAUUAUUUAGUUUUCAAUUUUAUUUUUUUAAAUUAGGCUAGUAUUAAAAUAAUUUAAUAUCCUUAGAUUUAAAAAGAAUAAAACGAACAGUAUUUGUUACAUGAUUAUGAAAACUAGUUUCAAAACUUCUCUUUUCCUCUCACCAAAUUGUGACCUUACAAAUUGAACUUUUUUACAUUAAAAAAAACGUUCAUUUUUUACACCAACUUUGUAAAUAACUUGGUUAUAUUUUUUGAUUAAGUAUAUUUUGUCUAUAUUUUGUACAGAAUCACUCUAUUUCAAGUGUACAUAUUUGAAUUAGGUUGAAAUGUAAAGCUAUGUAUAUAUGUUGUAUAAAAAAUUUUGAUUCUUAAAAAAAAAGAAAAAAAAAUUGAAAACAUGGUUUACAGUGAUAGAUAUCAAAAUGCUAUAUUUUUGUAAGAGGUUAUCCUUUACAAAAAUAUGUAAUAAAAGUGUGAUGGUGCGUUCUAAGCACACAAACAAUCAAUAUCAUGAUUCAUGUUCAGCCUGUCUGAAUCUCGCACAUUUUCAUCAGCACAUGAACAUGGGCCUCUAAAAUGUGUGCCUCUCUGAAAAGUGUAGCUAAUGGGGAAAAUUAGCUACACACAUAAAAAUCUUCCAUGAAUAUACGUAGUUGUUUUGAGUUAUUGUACGACUUGUUCCCUGAAAUUUAGAUACGUUAAAAUAUCCUACUGUUCCUAAAUUAGCUAGUUAAGUUAUAACUCUAUGCUAAGAAAUAAUUGGUUCAAAAUUGAGCUUAGAACCCCCUUUGUAAAUAUGAUAUUAGUGUUGAACCACUUCCCCAUUGGUACCAUAGUAUCAUACCAAAGUUGAGUUUCGUUGGUCCCUAUUUUUUUAGAUUCAUCCUGAUAUGUGCUUGAAGUAUUAUUCAACUUCUAUUUAUUUCAUAUGGUAAUUUAUUAAAAUAAAAUUAUAUCUAAAAGAAAUUUUGCCCUGAUUAUAAUAUCUGUUUUUAAAAUUAUAAGUUUUAGUUUUUAAAAAAAAAAAUUAAAUAUAUCCCUGAUUCUGUCAUUUUUGUAUGAAUACAGAUUGCUCUAAAACAAGAUUAUCACAAUAUUCUGCUUAUUAAAAUUUAAGCCAAAAAUUUUAUUUUUAUAAUGUGCAAAACUGUACCAGUUAAAUUUUUCGCAAAUAAAAAAUUCAGUUUUGAUAGCCACACAUAAUUGACAAAAAAAAUGAUUAUUCUAUGUUAUAAAGCAUUUGCAUACGAUUGACUUGUGAUAUUCUUAGCAUCUUCCUUCUAAGUGGUGCAGAUUCUAUAAAGUAACCUAAGUACUAUACCAAAUUGAAACUAAACCUUAUUGCCCAAUUUGUUUUAUUCUCAGUAUUAUUAGAUUGUAUUGAACUAAAUAUAUAAGUGUGCCACUAUAAGAGUUUAAAUUUACAAUUGCACUUAUGUUUGCUUAUAAGAUUUAAAAUGUUUCACUAACCAUUCUAAAUAGUCUUGAUUUUAACCAAUGCUUGUCAGUCAUAGUUUUUAAAUUUUUUGUUAUAUUUUAAUUUUUAAUCUAUAAUAUGUUUUGCAAAUUUAGAUAAUACACAAAAAUUAGAAUUUUUGUUAUAAAAUAAUUUCUUUACACGACAAGAAAUGAGGAUUUUGCAUUUAACACAAGUUAAACCCUAUUUUUUUAAACCUGAAAUUUUGUUGCCAUUAUUGGAUUCUUCAGUGUAAACGUUAGAUUUUCAGUUUACUUAAAUCAUUUGAAUAUUGCUUAUCAAUAGUUUAUAAAUUAAUUCUGAUAGUAAUGGUUUUAAAAACUGAAAAGUUAAAAAAAUAUUGGGAACAAUUUAAUGUAAACCAUUAAUUUAAAGAUAAAACACGAAAUGCUACUUUACCCAUUCAGGCAGUACCAAGAUUAAUAUCAUCAAAUUGUGUCGGAAGUUGUUCUCAAACCGGAAGAGCUGUAAAGGUUUUUAAUGACAUUUUAGUAAAUAAGUUAAGUUUAAGGCCCGUUUAAAUAUUACGUAAACGCAUAAAGUGGAAUUCUGUUGCUUAUUUUUGAGGAUAAGGAUAUGAGUAAUGAUUGCACGAGAACCUAUAACCCUUUAUCAUCAAAUUUUUUAAGACCACAAGAAAAAAAUUUUUGAAUUUGAUAUAUUUAAUUUUGGAAAAGACUUGCUUCAAGGAGUUUCAAAAUUUUAUAAAAUAUAUAUUUAAGGACGUAAAUUUUACGUCAUACUAAGUUACACUUUUUUUUUUAGAUUUAAUCCUAAAAUUCUUAAAAUUAGUUGAAGCAAAAGUGGGUAUUUUUUUCCCCCUUUUAAAUUUGGAAAUAGAGCUAUUUUAAUUUUGAUGGUGAGGUAAUGAAUGAUGUUUAUAAGAGGCCCCUUUUGCUUGAUUUAAUUAUAAUACCACUAGUUUUCUAGUGAUACUGAUAAUUUGUUUUUGAGCUUGAUGAAAUUUGUUCUAUUUUUUAAAAUUUUGUUUUGUUUGCCAUUUUUGUGUACUUAACAAUACUCAUUUGUACAUUCAAUUUAUGUAUAUCAUCAACUAGUCCCAUUUUUGCUUUCUUGUUUACUUCUGAGUUAAGUAAUGUUGUAUGAGUUUAUAAUGUCAAAAUAUGUGCCUCAUGUAGUCAUUGGUCACAAAUAUACAAACUUCAUGUAAUAAAGGACAUGAUGAAAUCCCA